UACCGCUGAUAAUGCUGAUCAGCAUCUGCGGACCUUGGGGCUAUACGCUGGUGGGCGGUGUGGCCCAAGGACACCACGCCACCACCCCACCGUCCGGUAACGUUUCCACCACGGCCGAGCUGCACCCGUUCGCCCGGAAGUACAAACUGUUCUACCUCAUCCCGCACCGGCUGGACCGGCUGCUCAAGCACGGCAACGGAUCGUCGGAGCGUCCCGUCGGUGUGCGGAACGGCAACGGAACGGCGGCGAACCCGGGCACCACCGAUAGGAUGCUGCUGCUCGGUCCACCCCGGCCCUACCUGCCCCACGAACCAUCGUCGGAGGGGCACAAGUUGCGCCACUUCACGCUCGGUGCUUCACGCUCAGCAACAGCGGUGCUGGAUCAGCGGGACCCGGUGGGGCCACACCGCACCACGAUGCGGGAACGCUCCACCCGGGACCGGUACUACAUCUACGGUGGUGCCCGGUUGCCGGAAGGGACGGAAACCGAACCGGCACUGAUCGACCGGCGGUUCAAGCGGCGCUCGGCCGUGGAUGACGUGCUGAGCAAGAACAUCACGCUGAUCCUGGAGAAUCUGCUGAAGCGGUACGAAAACUCGCAGAUGCCAACGCACGGCCAGGGCGUACCGACGGUUGUCCAGACGAACAUCCUCAUCCGCAGCAUGGGCCCGGUGUCGGAGCUGGACAUGGACUACUCGAUGGACUGCUACUUCCGGCAGUACUGGCGCGAUAAGCGGCUCAGCUUCCACGGGCCGAUCAAGAGCUUGUCGCUGAGCAUUAAGAUGCUGGAGCGGAUCUGGCGCCCGGAUACAUACUUCUACAACGGGAAACACUCGCACGUCCACACGAUCACGGUGCCGAACAAGCUGCUCCGGUUGAGCCAGGACGGGGAGAUCCUGUACUCGAUGCGGCUCACGAUCAAGGCGUCCUGUUUGAUGCAGCUGCGCAGCUUCCCGAUGGACCGCCAGUCGUGCCCGCUGGUGCUCGGCAGUUACGCGUACUCCCGCCAGCAGCUGAUCUACCGGUGGAAGGACGAGGACUCGGUCAACUUUGUGCCGGGCAUGACGCUCAGCCAGUUCGAUUUGAUCAGUUUCGGCCAGAAGAACUACACGUUCAUUCGGCGCGAGGGUGAGUUUUCGGUGCUGCACGUGUCGUUCAACUUGCAGCGCCACACCGGUUACUUUCUGAUCCAGGUGUACGUACCGUGCAUUCUGAUCGUGGUGCUGUCGUGGGUUUCGUUCUGGAUCCACCGGGAGGCGACCAGUGAUCGGGUCGGUCUCGGUAUCACGACCGUGCUGACGCUCUCCACCAUCAGUCUGGAUUCGCGGACCGAUCUACCGAAGGUACGGUACGCGACCGCUCUCGAUUGGUUUCUGUUGAUGAGCUUUUUCUACUGCAUCGCAACGCUGCUCGAGUUUGCCGGUGUGCACUACUUCACCAAGGUUGGUAGCGGUGAGAUCCCGCUGGACGAGGAAGAAUGGGAAGAUCUGGAGGGUGGGGACGAACUGCGGGAUAUGGCGACGUUGCAGCACCCGCACCUAGCAGCGGUCGGGGUCGGCGGGAACGUGAACGAGUCGCCCCGGCUCAUUGCCGCCCGUCGCCGCAGUUCGCUCAUCUGCCCGAUCUACAACGAUCCGGCGCACAUGUUCAAACCGACCUCGUCCCACCUGUCGACGAUGGAACGGACGACGCAAACCGAACCACCGAAGGAACCGACCUGGAAGCAGAUUUGGCUCUGCUUUCUUGGUGACGAUCAGUUCCGGCGGCGGCGCCAGCGUGAAGCGUCCGCACGUGGCGGUGGCAAUCGGCACAUCAACAGCGUCUCGCUCAUCGACCAGGCUGCCCGCAUCCUUUUCCCCACCUCCUUCACCUUCUUCAACAUCCUGUACUGGCUUGUUUACUACACCUACCAGGCCGACUUUACCUGGAGCCCGCUCAAGGAGGUGUGA